AUGGAGAAAACAGGCCUGGUCUUUAGCAGUCCCAGCAGCAAACCUGGGAUCUUGGCAGAAAACUCAAACCACGUUGAUCAUGUCAGAAUGGGAGUAGUUGCCUAUGAAGAAAAAACACAGAGAUCUUCCUCUGAAAAUGUACCUCUGCUGUGUAACCUUGACACUCCACGAAGCAGUGGCUCAGGGGACCGAGCUGUAAGGUUAGACUGCAAGUCAGAAAAUAUAGUUGACCUUGAGCAGACUGUUGCCAGAUUGAAAAAUGCACUUGUUUCACUGGAGGAAGAAAACCUGAGUCUUAACAGAAAGAUCAUUGUAUGUAAGUCCGAACGCAUGAGCUCUUCGUCCAACCACACACCCUAUGCCGUAAACCCAAGAAGCACUGACAAGUCAAAUGAUUUGGAUAACAGUCCCACCUCCAAACUCAAAGUGAGUUUCAACUUGGACACAACCCACCAAGAUGGCAUGAAGCAAGAUAAACUGUCUAAGCAUAGUGAGACAGACACAUGGAAGGGGGAGAGGGAGUCCCAUGAGGAGAGGCACCUCGUCUUGGCUAAAGAAAAACAGGACUUGGAGAAGAAGCUGAAAAAGACAGAGGACUAUUCCACAGCGUGUGCCGAUGAGCUCAAAAAGCUUCUUCAAAAGUAUGAGGACUUUAAAACCCUUAACAAAAUCCUGAAUAAACAGAGGAAGAGUCUUGCUAAAGAAAACCACUGGUUGAAGGACACCCUGAACACUGUGCAGGCAGGGGUCAGACCCAAGGAUCCCAGUCUGUCUCUGGAGCCCAAAGAGGGAAGUGAAGGCAUGGUAAGUGUCCAGCUAGAGAUGGCCAAUGAGCGUUGUGCCCACCUUAGCCAUGAGAAGGGUCAUUUGGAGGAAAAGGUGGCAUCCCUGUCCGGAUUGGUUUGCUGUCUCAAAGACGAGCUGGAGUUCAGCAAGGCUGAGAUCCACAGACUAGAGGCUGAAAGGAGCACUAUAGAGGGCACUGCCAGGAGCCCUCCUGCUGGAAAACACCAAUCCGCAUUCAUUCUUGACAGUGUGGGGAAAGAACGAGAGUCCCAUAGCCCCGUGGCUCAGCUAAAAGAGGAAAACAGGACCCUCAGAGUGAAGCUGGAGGCCAACACAAAGUACAUGAAAGAGAUGGAGAGCAGCACGAGGAGGUUGACAGAAGAACAGGGUCUUCUGGAGAACUGCCUCCAUACGGUGCAGAUGGAGAGGGAUCUUCUGCAGGGGGAGGUGCGCAAGCUGCACCAAGAGUACAUAGAGCUCAGUGGCAAUGUCUCUGUCCAGCUGAGGGAGAGAAGCCCUGCAUCCCCCAGGAUCCUGGCUGGAUCCCACAAGAUGGCAGAUUGGACCAGUGAUGAUGAACCCAGACAUGAGAGUCCAAAGCUACCUCUGCAGAGUAGCCCUACCACCAGAGAAAUGCUGGACAGCAGUAUUGGCAGGGAGACUAUUGACCAGAUAAGGAAGCGCUUGGAGGAGGAUGAACAGAGGGGAGCGCAGAGGUACAAAAACACCAUCCAUCAUAAUGAAUGA